CACACCUCAUCAUCAAAGGAAACUGGUGAAGAAUCUUAAAGAAGACCUGAAAAAUUCACAAGUAGAGAAAAUUGAACAUCGUUUUUAUGCACAGUUUCCUGAUGUAAAAGAUCAUAGAAACCAUCUGAAAGGAGAGGCAUCCAGUAUCCUCCAACCAAUGGACAAACGACUGUCGGAUUACAUCAAGAAAGUUGUCACUGAACAUGGGGUGACUAGUACUCUAAAAAUGAAAUUGCUUUUAGAGGUUUUUCUAAGACAGUCAAUUUUUGUCAAUACUUCUCUUCCACCGAAACAUAACAAAAGAUUCUGGCCAUCACUGAAAGACAUCUAUAAUCACGUGGCAGCACAGUUUUUGAAACUGAGAGAUAGCUGUGUUGACCAGAAAUUGGUAGUUGAAAUGGUGGAAGAGCAACGAUCAUUGCAUAAAGGUGAAAGGUUCUACAUCAGAAUAAAAAAGGACCAGGAACCAGGUAAAUUUACCGAUGAAAAUUUUGGAAUGACAAAGACUGAACAGUCCAUGAAACUGGUUAACAUUUUGUGGGAAUGGCCAAGGAUGGAUCUUCCAAUAAACAAGGGAACAGGAAACAUACAAGGCUACAAUAUAGCAACUCUGUUUGCAAAAGACAUCAAAACAAAGCUGAAGGAAAUAUUGGAAUUAGAAGAGGGUGAUAAGAGGUGUUAUGAACCACACUGGAGACAUCUGCAAUGGAUUGACAGGAAUGACUUGACUGACCAUAAUGUGAUGAAUAACUCUGUGAAAGGAAUGGAAGAAAGAAAUAAACUUUUUCAUGAAGAGAGAUGGGCUGAAAUGAGUGCUCUUGUUUUAGAAGAAUUUGGCUUGUUUAAACCAAAAACAAUCAUUGGUCUCUUUAGUCCUCCAGGAUAUUACCUUAGUUUGAAAAACUGCAAUAAUGGAAAGCUUAUGGCAACACUGGAAGAUGAGACAGGACAGAGAUUGAAUGAAGGAGUUAGAUACUUUAAGGAUGUAUUGCUUGUAGAAGCAAGAAUCAUCAUCGCUUCUGUUGUCAAGAACAUAACAUAUAGGGAAGCUGAAGAACUUCUCUAUCCAUUGAAAUAA